UAUCCAACGGCGGCCGGCGGAAGCGAGCCAGCGGGGUCUAGGGCGCGGCGAGCAGGAUGGCGCCGCAGCUUGGCCCCCACGAGCUGGUGCACGUCUUCUCCUUCCUGGAGGCCCGCGACCUGCUGCGCGCGGGGCAGGUGAACAAGGUCUGGAAUGAGGUUUCAAUGACCAAGGAACUGUGGAGGCAGCUGUGUCUGAGACGCUGGGCCUCCUGCAAAGCCUUCCCCAUGGUCGUGGGCACACAGACAUGGAGGCAGUACUAUUUCUGCCGGUCGGAGCUGGAGUUCCGUAUGGAAUCUGGGCGGCCGCAGGACUUCAUCUGCAAAUCUAUUUCUGGGCACACAGGAAAGAUAGAUCAGCUGGCCUACGUCACACCCCACGAGUACCGCUUUGAUGAAAGGGCAAAGUCCGUGGUCUGCACGGUGUCUUCAGACUGUACCGUACGUGCCUGGGACCUACACGAGGGCACAGAGGUCUGGUCCAGCCCUGUGCAGCCUGCUCCUCUGAUGAGUUUGGUGGCCUAUCCUCUGCUGCAGCUGGUGGUCACAGUGGACACACAGGGCCUGAUCAUCGGGUGGAAAGCGGAGACUGGGUCUCUGUGGGCCUCAUUCUGCCUUCCAACCUUCUGUUCUUCCAUGGAGGCCUGCGGCCACUCAGAGGGCCCCUUCCUGAUGGUAGCCUGUGCUGAAGGGAACCUCUACACUCUGACAGUACCUCAGCUGCAAGUGGUCUCCAAAGUGGCCACAUUUUCUCAUACCUCUGUGAGCCUCACGUGCUCACCUGACCAACAGUGGGUGUUUGUGUUUGCACAAGGAUCAGACUUAGGUCCAAAGGUGUUCUAUACUCAGUCCUUGCUCUACCCAUCCGAAGACGGGCUUCCUGUCUCCACCAGCCUCCCUGUCAGGCUGAGUUCCAGAGCCUGCUGGGCUCCUGAGGAGGCAGCCAGGCUGAUGGUGAUGCACAGAGAUGUCAGAGGCAUGCAUCUGGUCAUCACUACCUUCGAUUUAAAGGCCAGCAAGUCCAGGGACAGAGUGAGCAUCCUGGAACAACAGCUGGCUAGCUUCCCCCUGCCGGACACUAUGACUCCUCACCUCAUGCAGGGCCACGGCUCCCAAGUGAUCCUGCUGGCCUCCAGGUCAGAGCUGGUGCUAUUCACCAUCCACGGCCUGCAGCUGAUGGCCUUCCAGGACCACCAGAGGCCCAUCACGUCAAUGUGGGUGGAUCCAACCUGUGUCAUCACCUCUUCCUUGGACCUGUCCCUGCGUGUCUAUGUGUGGAAUAAGGAGAAGACAUGUCCUGUCCUCAAGAGCUGCUAUCAGUUGCUUGGGGGAUCUCACAGAUGGGCCAGUGGAUUUACCCACGUGAAAAGUGACAGCAUGAGCAUCGCUGGGGUUGAAGCCAGAAGCAAUGGAGCAAGUAUUCUGAGGUCAUAUUGCUACAAAGUCCAGCUUAGCUAGACUCCGCCAGUGGAAUUGCUCGUGCUUUGUUUGUGUGCAUGCAAACACCUUACCAAAGAUGUUGUCAACUUGGGGAAACGAACUGGUAGGAUGACUACUGUCUGAUCACAGUGAGCCAGUGGAGUAUAUUCUGUUGUCUUGUUUGUCUUGCUCAGAAAAACAAAGGAGAAUAAGUAGCCACUGCCAACCAGUCUUCCAGAUGCUAAGCAACGUGCCUGAGGCUUCUCAGAUUGCUGGUCACAGACGGCGUAGACUGUGAUGGAGCUAGAGAACCUGCUUACUUAGUGUCAGGAUUGCAACAGAGUUGUUCUUGUUAUCCAGAAUGUCAUUAAAAUAUUUUUAUCUGCC